AUGUCGGCAAAUAAAGAUGGAGACGGAGGAUGGAAGAGCUUUCUGUGGAAUUCGGAGAGGAAGGAAUUUCUAGGACGCACGGGUGGCAGUUGGUGUAAGUACAUAAAUCCGUAAUAAACUACCUUUGGGGGGAUAUUAACUAGAGGAUAAGAAUGGUAAGAGCCUGUUGUUUCCAGAAGUCCGUGUAUCCCUCUGAAUAUUGUCAAGGCACGGAGGGCUCCAGACUCGUUCCCCAUUUCCUGAUCGGCGAAAUACAGCACCAGUUAGAUUUGACUUGUAGCAUGGUGUCGUGACUUUCACUUUCAACGGAAAAGCACACGAAAAACACAUUCAAUUCAUUAACUGUGAAAUAGACUAUAAACAACUCAUCUGUAAAAUAACCUUACUAACCUAUCGAUGGGAUAAUGUUACAAUAAACCUAACGAAAAUCCGCACCGUUUAAAAGGGCGUUUUCAUAUUUUCAAACUUUUCGGGCCAGUGAACGUUAAUUAUGUCCCUAUUCGUUAUUAGACUAAACCGGAUCGAUCAUGUAUACAUUAGUGAAAGCAAGAGGCUCUCUCUGUGUCAUUUGCCAAAGAGGUCAUUUUGAAGGACAUAGCUAGCUAAUUGACAUUCUAUGGUGGGAUUCCGGAGUGUUGGAUUGCAACUAACAUGGGCUUGUCUUGCCAAAAUGGCAUACUUGUUUCUGGUGUCACAUAGUUAGCCUAGAUUGGGAUCAAAUUUAUAAAGUUGAUAAAUAUGAAUUGCUUUCUUUCUCUGAACAAAAUAAUGUGCCAAAUGACAGAGGAACAUCCAUAAUCUCGGUAAUUAGCUGUUUAAUCCCAAUACUAAAUGUUUCAUAGGCAUCCCAGUUCAAGGUUAGUCAAGGUGAUCAGUCCUUUUAGCCUGAAACUGCUCUCAUUGUUUUGAACCGAGAGAAUCUAAUGUAAAUGUAGCCAACUAUGAGCAUUGAUUUACCAAUAAGCGAUUUAUCUUCUCUCCCGGGAGCUUGUAACGUCGUAACGCAGUGGCAUCGAGGUUACACCGUUAGCUUUUCGCUCGGCAUUGGAGCCGGAGACCUGUUGCGGUUGGUAGUUAUCAACAUUUGGUUUUAUCUCUACAUAGGAAGAGGAAGCUCACGACUCACAUCCUCCGUCUCUACGGCCCGGUAGAAACCGUUUUUCUUUUAGCAGGCAGCUACUGCUAACAAUGUGUUGCUUAGCUAAUUCAAUUCCUCGAGUUCACAUAGGCUACCGUUUGGCGAUUAUUACAACUCUGUACCGGUACCCCCUGUAUAUAGCCUCGCUACUGUUAUUUUACUGCUGCUCUUUAAUUAUUUUUUAUUUUUUACUUAUCUAUUUUUUACUUAACACUUAUUUUUCUUAAAACUGCAUUGUUGGUUAAGGGCUUGUAAUUUGCAUUUCACGGUAAGGUCAACACCUGUUGUAUUCAGCGCAUGUGACGAAUAACAUUUGAUUUGAUUUCUCCCAUAUUUUUAUUUUAUUUUAGCACAAGUAGUUUCAGUAGUUAUCUACACCUCUAUAUGGCAAAACAGUUAUUAACUACUGAAAACAUGACCUACAUUUUGAAUUUAGUUCAACUAACACCAAGCGACUGCAAAAUGUAGUUCACUACUACCCAACUCCGGUUGUUUUGACCCAAGGUUAAUGGCAGAAGGGUUGAUUUACUAUAGGCCAGGGGGUCACCUUCACAAGCAGGGAGAGAAAGUAACUUCUCUGGCCACACCUUUCUCUGCUUGUCUGUCUGCCUAGCCACAUGGCCCACACCUGUCUCUGCCUGCCUGCUUGUUUAGCCACGCCUGUCUCUGCCUGCAGGCUGUGGUGGUGGUGGUGGGGGAGGUGAGGUGUGAGUUUGGGGAUGUUUGUGGGCUAAAUGAGGCUGACAGAGGAAAGGGACUGGUGACCGUCGACAAUGACCCCGACUGAUCCAUCCUGCUAGACUGGAAGUGUUGUUGCCCGUAUGUAUAGUUAGAGUAGAGAAGUGUAGAGUUAGAGUUAACUCCUGAGUGGCGCAGUGGUCUAAGGCACUGCAUCGCAGUGCUAACUGUGCCACUAGAGAUCCUGGUUCGAAUCCAGGCUCUGUCGCAGCCGGCCGCGACCGGGAGACUCAUGGGCGGCGCACAAUUGGCCCAGCGUCGUCCAGGGUAAGGGAGGGAAUGGCCGGCAGGGAUGUAGCUCAGUUGAUAGAGCAUGGCGUUUGCAACGGCAGGGUUGUGGGUUUGUUUCCCACGGGGGGCCAGUAUAAAAAAAAUAUGUAUUCACUAACUGUAAGUCGCUCUGGAUAAGAGCGUCUGCUAAAUGACUAAAAUGUAAAUUUAGAGGAGAAGUGUAGAGUUAGAGUAGAGAAGUGUAGCUUUAGAGUAGAGAAGUGUAGAGUUUAGAGUUAGAGAAGUGUAGAAGAAAAGACAAGUAGUGAAGUAUGCUUUAGUAGUAUAUGUGUGGGGAAGUGUGCUUUAGUAGGGUAGUCAAGUCUGGUGCGGCACGUCGCCUAGCGGUUAAGAUGGUUUGGGCAGUAACCGAAAGGUUUCUGGUUCGAAUCUCUGAGCUGACUAGGUGAAAAAUCUGUCAAUGUGCCCUUGAGCAAGGAAGUUAACCCUAAUUGCUCAUGUAAGUCACUCUGGGUAAGAGUGUCUGCUAAAUGACUAACAUGUAAAUAGAAUGUAAAUGGUCUAGUAGUGUUGUGUAGGGUAGUGUAUUCUAGUAGUGUAGUGUGUUCUGGUAGGGUAGCAUGUUACACUAGCUUCCCAUAUGGUCUAGUGGUUAGGAUACCUGGUUUUCACCCAGGUGGCCCGGGUUCAACUCCUGGUAUGGGAACUCACAUCUUGUGGUCCUCUGUAGCUCAAUUGGUAGAGCAUGGCGCUUGUAACGCAAGGGUAGUGGGUUCGAUCCCCGGGACCACCCAUACGUAAAAAUAUAUGCACACAUGACUGUAAGUUGCUUUGGAUAAAAGCGUCUGCUAAAUGGCAUAUUAUUAUAUAGUAGUGUAGGGUAGGGUAUUCUAGUAGGGUAGGGUAGUCUAAUGAACGUGCUUCAACAGGUUCUGUUUCUGCCCUGGCAUUAACAGCAGAGUAAGGAUUAAAUACACGGUGGAGGGUGCACUAAAGGUGACAGUCAGUUCAGAGAAAGUAAAACCGUAGAGAGGUUUAGUUCCAGGAAGAUUAACGCUCUUAUGUCUCAUCUUACAGGGAUUUAGACUGUUUUUUUGCAAUUAAAUAAAUAAAUAAUUGAAGUAUUUCUCGUAUUGGAUCAUAAGCAUUUGUAAUGACAGCAUAAAUUUAGUUUAGAUAAGCAGACGUUUGGUUUGUUUUUUAGCCAUUUGGAAAGUGAUUUUGUUAGACAUGUCCAUUAGUUACUGAGCUGGGAGGCAAAGGAGGACACACUGAAUUAGAUUUAAUAGAGAUCCCUCUAACCCCAUAAUAAAUCUAUGGUUAAAGGACAUAACAUCAAACUUCCUUUUCUGUAUUUUGUUGGUUAUUUGAAUUAUAGCUAGCUAGCCCUGGUAGGAUGAAUCUAUAUGAUGAUGAUGGGGAACGCUGGAGUAUUAUUGUCAGUCACCUCAAGGUCCACUUCACCCAGUCAUAGAGAUCUGCUAAUAAACUAUAUGCAUAUCAGUACACCAUCUACUACUAAUAUAAAGCAUAUGUCCAUUUGUAAUGAAACCCUUCUCUCUUUCUCUCCCCAGUUAAAAUCUUGUUGUUCUACCUGAUCUUCUAUGGAUGCUUGGCCGGGAUUUUCAUUGGGACCAUCCAGGCCCUGCUGCUAACCCUUAGUAACUACAAACCCACCUACCAGGACAGAGUCGCCCCACCAGGUAAAGACUGCUCCACUCCCCUUAUACUGCUUUAAGCUGCUUUACGCUGCUUUACGUUACGUUAUACUGCGUUAUAAUGCUUUAUGUUGCUCUAUACUGCUUUAUACUGCUUUAUGCUGCUUUAUGUUACAUUAUACUGCUUUAUACUGCUUUAAGUUGCUUUAUACUGCUCUAUACUGCGUUACGCUGCUUUAUACUGCUUUAGGCUGCUUUAUACUGCUUUAGGCAAUAUCCUUUUGUCAUUUUGUUAAGUGGGAUUCCCAUCAGAAGCUACUAAAGUGUCAAGGUAUGAGGUGGCAGUGAUUCCUCCUCCUCCAGUGAUUGAGGAAUUAAAUAAAAGUGGGUCUCCAGUCUCCAGAUGUCCUCUUUUAUUCUCUAUUGUUCCUCAAUCAGGGGGGAGGCCGAUGACAUCACGGAUUCCCAUCGGACCAACUCCUUGAAGUUUGCAGUUGUCUAAAAACACAAUUUACCCUUUAGUAUGUGUACUUUCAUGUAUUUAUUAUACUUGGGAUAUCACUUUUCAACAGUACAUGUAAAAAAUAAUCGCUGGAGGAAGUCUUUCAAUCUUCAGUCAUAACACUGUUUGCUGUAUUGAGUUAGCUCAGUGGAACAGAUUUAAACCAAUUGUAAUUAAAGGAUUAUAACUGUGUAGUAAAUGGGUUUUACAGAGAACAUUUCUACUAGUGUACAUAAAUGGAACUAGAACAAUGAUUGAAACAUAUAUGCCUAGCAAGUAGCUAAAGUUAAUAAUAAUCAUCUUGAAGGCCUAGAUAACCUCAUAUCAUUAAGAGCAUAUUUGAAUAGGCUUUUAUCAGGAUCAACCAUAAUGCUUUGGGCUUCAGUUAAGGGCUUCUAUCAUGUUGUUAUUUUGGCUCGGUCGGUGAAGCAUUGUGGCUACUGGGCCGCUUUAUGUGGUUGACUGUUUAUUUCCAAGGUUUCUGUCAAAACCUGCUCCUGAACGCCGCCUCCUCCCCACUGAAGGUCCCUCUGACCUCUGACAGCUUCAGACAUUUUGUCCUUCGCUCUUCCUCCUCCCCUCUUCCUCCUCCCUGCCUGCCUGUCUGUCAGCUUCCCUCCGCAGGCUUCAGCUCUGGGAAACACAGCACUUCACUAUUUUUACUGGGACUCAACUGCCUGUCUGUUCAUGAAUACAUCUUUGGGAAUUAAUUUUAACAUCGUGUGCAGGGCGGCUCAUAUGAGCCUGGAAAUGGCAGUGGUGUUUUUAUUUUAUUUCAUAAGGUGGAGUCAGAGAAUCAACCCUGUAAGCGUGUUUGGAGAAAUCCUUUCUGUAAUCUUUUGAAGGCACGUUUAAAGAGACGCAACAGUGCAGCCUGUUGUAUUAUAAGUUACAGCUGCUGUUGCUUCCUUAAUAUGACUGGGAGUACAUUUUUAAUAUCUCUCUCUCGCUUUCUCUCGCUCUCUCUCAGCCCUGCCUCCUGCGCCAAGGCCCAUUUGCACAGCACACACUGUUGCCCAGGUGGUAUUUUUAGCAGCCAUUUUAAAGACUGGCACCAUCACAUGGGCCUGUUUGCCCUGUUGGCCAUUUAGUUGUGGAGUGUCAUGAGCUGAAGUGAGUUUCCAUUGGUGGCCAGAUAAAGGAAGGAGAAAGUCCCACCUCUCAUUCUGAGGCUAAAAGUUUCCAUUGUGACUGAAGAGCACGUGAGGCUGACGGGUGGGGGGAGGGGCAGGGAGACUUUCACGAGCCGGGGCUGGAAGUAAAACAGCUAUAUUGAACAUUUGACUCCCCAUAACAUGUGCUAGGAAAAAUAUUUUGAGUAGCAUUAAGCUUUAAGACGUGAACGGUUGGUUUUCAUUGAGAUCUUAUGCAAUAGACACUGGAUGAGGAUUCAUAUUUGGAUGUUGAAGAAAGAGCGUGGUUAAAGAAACACAGUGACGUUUCCUCUCUCGUCUCCUCCUCCCCUCUCUCUCUCUGUCUCUCUCUCUCUCUCUGUCUCUCUCUCUCUGUCUCGCUCUCUCUCUCUCUCUCUCUCUCUGUCUGUCUGUCUGUCUCUCUCUCUCUCUCUCUCUCUCUCUCUCUCUCUCUGGCUGUGUUUUUGUUCUACCGUAAGUUAUUUUUAGUGCUACAUUGACAUUGAUUACUGCAUUGUUGGGUUUGGAGUUUGCAAGAAAGGCAUUUCACUGUAUUUGCGCACGUGACUUUAAAACUUGAAACUUGCCACACCUAGCUGGGACCCUGUGUGUUCACCAGGGCUGUAUGUCUGUGGAAAAUUACUGCCACGGUUUACCCAGAACCCAGCUGAAGAGCGCUAGUAGACACCCAGGGGGGCGGAGGUUUUUGUAUCAUUUUAUGAACCCUAACCCUAACAAAAAUGCAUUAAUGGGUAACCAUCAUUUAUAGCAAAACAUCUUUUUUUAUUUAGUGUCAAAGAAAGUCACUUAAUUCAGGAUUAUAUAUGCCUAUGUUGGUAUAUAUACAGAUAUUUUUUGGGUGUUGGUAGAUAUAUUUUAUAUAUAUAUAUAUAUAUAUAUAUAUAUAUGUUGAAAAAAAUAAAAGGAACCCACUUUCGUUUUCCAGAUUAUCUUUGAUUCCUCCACAUAUACCCCCCCCCCCCCCCCAUUCAUUUAGUUGGACUGUGAAGCUAAAACGUUUAAUUUGGCUCUAUACUCCAGCAUUUUGGAUUUGAGAUCAAAUGUUUUAUAUGAAGCGACACUGCAGGAUGCCACCUUUUAUUUUCAUAUGAAUCUGUUUCAUCAUUUAGAAAUGAAAGCACUUUAUGUAUCUGGUCCCCCCAGGUUAAGGCCAUUGCACCAAUAACCGAAAGGUCGCAGGUUUGAAUCCCAGAGCUGGCAAGGUAAAAAAAUCUGCUGUUCUGCCCUUGAGCAAGGUAGUUAACAACAACUGCUCACCGGACGCCGAUGACGUGGAUUAAAGCAGCCCCCCGCACCUCUCUGAUUCGGAGGGGUUGGGUAACUGACUAGGUAUCCCCUUACCACUUAUAGUGUAUAACAUAUAGUCCAAAGUUAAAUAUUGGUCCUAUAUUCCUGGCAGGCAAUGGCUUUAUCAAGCACAAGAGAAGCAUUAAUUGUGUACAAAUCUACCUCAAAUACCUCAUAACUCUCCACAUUGAUCUGGUACUGGUACUUCCUGUAUAUAGCUCCAUAUUGAUCUGGUACUGGUACUCCCUGUAUAUAGCUCCACAUUGAUCUGGUACUGGUACUCCCUGUAUAUAGCUCCACAUUGAUCUGGUACUGGUACUACCUGUAUUUAGCUCCACAUUGAUCUGGUACUGGUACUACCUGUAUUUAGCUCCACAUUGAUCUGGUACUGGUACUCCCUGUAUAUAGCUCCACAUUGAUCUGGUACUGGUACUCCCUGUAUAUAGCUCCACAUUGAUCUGGUACUGGUACUACCUGUAUUUAGCUCCACAUUGAUCUGGUACUGGUACUACCUGUAUUUAGCUCCACAUUGAUCUGGUACUGGUACUCCCUGUAUAUAGCUCCACAUUGAUCUGGUACUGGUACUACCUGUAUAUAGCUCCACAUUGAUCUGGUACUGGUACUCCCUGUAUAUAGCUCCACAUUGAUCUGGUACUGGUACUCCCUGUAUAUAGCUCCACAUUGAUCUGGUACUCCCUGUAUAUAGCUCCACAUUGAUCUGGCACUCCCUUUAUAUAGCUCCAUUCUUGUGUAUUUUAAUUUAUUCCUGUUUUGUUACUAUUUUUACUCUGCGUCGUUGGGAAGGGCUCGUAAGCAAAGCAUUUCACAGUGAAGUCUAACCAGUUGUAUUCUGCGCAUUUCACAAAUAACAAUUUGAUCUGAUUUGAUUACAAAGUUGUUGAAUGCUUGUGCAGUUUGUUUUGGUUGUGUUUCAGAUCAUUUUGUGGCCAAUAGAAAUUCAUGUUAAAAUAAUGUUUAGUGUCAUUUUGGAGUCAUUUUUUUAAAAUUGUAAAUAAGAAUAGAAUAUGUUUCUGAACACUUCUACAUUCAUGUGGAUGCUACCAUGGUUACGGAUAAUCAUGAAUGAAUCGUGAAUAAUGAUGAGUGAGAAUGUUACAGAGGCAUAAAUAUCAUACCCCCCCCCCCCCCUCCCCUGUUAUUGGUAUUGGUGAGAGCAUGUUUUGGUGGCAUGAUGUCUGUAACCAGGUUUCCAUCCAAUCUUUGUAUGCGAGUAAAGUACAUGUCGGAUAUAAAAUGUCAAAAUGUUUUUUCUAUCUUCCAAAUGUCGACAAAACAAAUAUGCCAGACAAGGUGGGAUAUCUCUGUGUCGGUAAAAUUUAUUUUGCUUGAAAUGCCGGUGGAAACGCUUUUAUGCGCAAAUUUCUAUGUAAUAACCAUCAUAUCCGAAAUAUACUUGGAGUCACGCGAUGACAUGUGGCCCCUCCCACUAGGACUCAGGAAAGCAUCAGUUUAUUAGGCUACAUAUUAAAUAAGUUAUGAAGAACUUCACAGGGUGGCGAAAGUGCACGGUGAUGAGCUUGAUGCUCAUUUUCAAUAAAUAUCGAGGGUCUUAUUCUGGUGACAUGAUGUUCGAUGCUUGGCUGCCGUUUGACAAAUAAAAAUAAUCUCUCUCUUUUGUCCAUAAUAAUCUCAUCAUGUAGGCUGUACCCGCACCGUAUCUGCCAGCGGUUGGCUACAGCGCAGUAGGCUGACCCUAACCCCACACCGUAUCUGCCAGCGGUUGGCUACAGCGCAGUAGGCUAACCCUAACCCCACACCGUAUCUGCCAGCGGUUGGCUACAGCGCAGUAGGCUGACCCUAACCCCACACCGUAUCUGCCAGCGGUUGGCUACAGCGCAGUAGGCUGACCCUAACCCCGCACCGUAUCUGCCAGCGGUUGGCUACAGCGCAGUAGGCUAACCCUAACCCCACACCGUAUCUGCCAGCGGUUGGCUACAGCGCAGUAGGCUAACCCUAACCCCACACCGUAUCUGCCAGCGGUUGGCUACAGCGCAGUAGGCUAACCCUAACCCCACACCGUAUCUGCCAGCGGUUGGCUACAGCGCAGUAGGCUAACCCUAACCCCACACCGUAUCUGCCAGCGGUUGGCUACAGCAAAGUAGGCUAACUCUAACCCCACACCGUAUCUGCCAGCGGUUGGCUACAGCGCAGUAGGCUAACCCUAACCCCACACCGUAUCUGCCAGCGGUUGGCUACAGCGCAUGUGCCUAUACCAGAGAGGGCACAUUCGCUAUAGAAAAAAAAAAAAACGGUGACAUAAAGUGCUUUUAUUUCUAAACGGUAAAACAGAUAUGUAUGAAAAUACCCUAAAAUAAAAGGUGACAUUUUGUACUGUCGUUUCCGAUUUUAAAAAAUGUGAUCUCAAAUCCAAAAUGCUGGCGUAAGAGCCAAAUUAAAGGUUUUAGCUUCACUGUCAAAAUAAAUACAUAGUGGAGUGUAUGACCCUAUUUAAUACCGUCUCAACCUGGCAGUACUUCCUCUAUGACCCUAUUUAAUACCGUCUCCACCUGGCAGUACUUCCUCUAUAACCCUAUUUAAAACCCUCUCAACCUGGCAGUACUUCCUAUUUAAAACCCUCUCGACCUGGCAGUACUUCCUCUACAACCCUAUUUAAAACCCUCUCAACCUGGCAGUACUUCCUAUUUAAAACCCUCUCGACCUGGCAGUAAUUCCUCUAUAACCCUAUUUAAAACCCUCUCAACCUGGCAGUACUUCCUGUAUAACCCUAAUUAAAACCCUCUCAACCUGGCAGUACUUCCUAUUUAAAACCCUCUCGACCUGGCAGUACUUCCUCUAUAACCCUAUUUAAAACCCUCUCAACCUGGCAGUACUUCCUCUAUGACCCUAUUUAAUACCCUCUCGACCCGGCAGUACUUCCUCUAUAACCCUAUUUAAAACCCUCUCAACCUGGCAGUACUUCCUCAAUGACUCUAUUUAAUACCGUCUCCACCUGGCAGUACUUCCUCUAUGACCCUAUUUAAAACCCUCUCGACCCGGCAGUACUUCCUCUAUGACCCUAUUUAAUACCCUCUCGACCCGGCAGUACUUCCUCUAUGACCCUAUUUAAAACCCUCUCGACCCGGCAGUACUUCCUCUAUGACCCUAUUUAAUACCCUCUCGACCCGGCAGUACUUCCUCUAUGACCCUAUUUAAAACCCUCUCGACCCGGCAGUACUUCCUCUAUGACCCUAUUUAAAACCCUCUCGACCUGGCAGUACUUCCUCUAUGACCCUAUUUAAAACCCUCUCGACCCGGCAGUACUUCCUCUAUAACCCUAUUUAAAACCCUCUCGACCCGGCAGUACUUCCUCUAUGACCCUAUUUAAUACCCUCUCGACCCGGCAGUACUUCCUCUAUGACCCUAUUUAAUACCCUCUCGACCCGGCAGUACUUCCUCUAUAACCCUAUUUAAUACCCUCUCGACCCGGCAGUACUUCCUCUAUGACCCUAUUUAAAACCCUCUCGACCCGGCAGUACUUCCUCUAUGACCCUAUUUAAUACCCUCUCGACCCGGCAGUACUUCCUCUAUGACCCUAUUUAAUACCCUCUCGACCCGGCAGUACUUCCUCUAUGACCCUAUUUAAUACCCUCUCGACCCGGCAGUACUUCCUCUAUGACCCUAUUUAAUACCGUCUCUAUCAUCCAUACUAACCCAGUGUGCUGUCUUCCUACAGGUCUGUCACACACCCCACGCUCUGAAAAGUUUGAGAUCUCUUACGAUAUCAACGAUGUGGAGACGUAUCUGAAGUACACCAAGAGCAUCAAGGAGUUCCUGGAGAUGUACAAUGAGGAGAAGCAGAGUGACCAGAUGAAGUAUGAAAACUGUGGAGGCAAGUACAGACUAGUAGAAACUAGUACAGACUAGUAGAAACUAGUAGACACUAGUACAGACUAGUACAGACUAGUAGAAACUAGUAGACACGAGUACAGACUAGUACAGACUAGUAGAAACUAGUAGACACGAGUACAGACUAGUACAGACUAGUAGAAACUAGUAGACACUAGUAUAGACUAGUACAGACUAGUAGAAACUAGUAGACACUAGUAUAGACUAGUACAGACUAGUAGAAACUAGUAUACACUAGUAUAGACUAGUAGAAACUAGUAGACACUAGUACAGACUAGUACAGACUAGUAGAAACUAGUACAGACUAGUACAGACUAGUAGAAACUAGUAGACACUAGUACAGACUAGUACAGACUAGUAGAAACUAGUAGACACUAGUACAGACUAGUACAGACUAGUAGAAACUAGUAUACACUAGUAUAGACUAGUAGAAACUAGUAGACACUAGUACAGACUAGUACAGACUAGUAGACACUAGUAUAGACUAGUACAGACUAGUAGACACUAGUAUAGACUAGUACAGACUAGUACAGACUAGUAGAAACUAGUAGACACUAGUAUAGACUAGUACAGACUAGUAGAAACUAGUAGACACUAGUAUAGACUAGUACAGACUAGUAGAAACUAGUAUACACUUAUAUAGACUGAGUGGCGCAGUGGUCUAAGGCACUGCAUCGCAGUGCAAACUGUGCCACUAGAGAUCCUGGUUCGAAUCCAGGCUCUGUCGCAGCCGGCCGCGACCGGGAGACUCAUGGGUGGCGCUCAAUUUGUCCAGGGUAGGGGAGGGAAUGGCCGGCAGGGAUGUAGCUCAGUUGAUAUGGCAUUUGCAACGCCAGGGUUGUGGGUUCACUUCCCACGGGGGGCCAGUAUAAAAAAAAUUAUGUAUUCACUAACUGUAAGUCGCUCUGGAUAAGAGCAUCUGCUAAAUGACUAAAAUGUAUAGACUAGUAGACACUAUCAGUACCUGCACUGUGUCCCAAAUACCACCCUAUUCCCUUUAUAGUGCACUACUUAGGACUAGGGCACUAAAUAGGGAAUAGGGUGCCAUUUGGGAUGCAGGUCUGGAAUAGUAGUGAAUGGGUAUGCAUGGCUUGGGAAUGUCAAUAUGCCACGCAAUAUAAUGUCUGAUUUGAUAAUUGGGUGAUUGAUUGAAUUUAUGUUGGGUGUUUAAUAUUGUAAAAGGUUAAUUGUUGAGGCGGCAGGUAGCUUAGUGGUUAACAGUGUUGUGCCAGUAACCGGAAGGUCGCAGGUUCUAAUCCCCGAGCCGACUAGGUGGAAAAUCUGUUGCUGUGCCCUUGAGCAAGGCACUUAAACCUAAUUGCUCAUGUAAGUCGCUCUGGAUAAGAGCGUCUGCUAAAUGACUAAAAUGUUAAACAUUAUUGUUUAACUUCUGGUACAUCGACGUGGGGUUAUUUUAAAACCAACUGAAACUGGUGUUGUCGUGUAGGUUACUUUAUGAAGACGCAGACUACUGACUGUUUAAUAUAAAAGAAUGAAAGGCUUUUACAGAACACACAUGCUGGCUUAAACAUUCCUAGGCUUCCGCCUGCCAGCCACCGUGCUCAACUCUGACCUCAUACGUCACUGCCCAACAUUAAACUACAUUUUACGUAGACACUCUUAUCCAGAGCGACUUACAGUUAGUGAGUGCAUACAUUAUUUUUUCAUACUGGCCCCCCGUGGGAAUCGAACCCACAACCCUGGCAUUGCAAACGCCAUGCUCUACCAACUGAGCUACAUCCCUGCCAGCCAUUCCCUACCCUGGACCAAUUGUGCGCCACCCCAUGGGUCUCCUGGUCACGGCCGGCUACUACAGAGCCUGGAUUUGAACCAGGAUCUCUAGUGGCACAGCUAGCACUGCGAUGCAGCGCCUUAGACCACUGCACCACUCGGGAGACUACAGGCGGAAUAAGGUACCCUGUUGGGGUUUAGCUAUGCUGUGUCCGGUGUCCUGUAUAUUGUCUGCUCAGGUGACUGAUUUAAUAGGUGUCUCUCUGUGCUUGUAGAAUUACCUGCUACGUACCUGGACCGUGGCGAGCUGGAGAGCGACGUUGGAGUGAGGAAGGCCUGCAGGUUCCACCGGACCUGGCUGGGACCCUGCUCUGGUCUGGAUGGUCAGGAUGAAACCUUCGGCUUCAAGGACGGGAAACCCUGCCUGAUCGCCAAGCUCAACAGGAUCGUCAACUUCAGACCAAGGGUACGCACACCUGCCCCACGCUAAACCAGUUUAUAGCAUUGAUUAACUAAACUCAAAAUAUUUAUUUUAUUUUAGGUUUGUUAAACUCCCUGUGCUACACGCAAUUCAGCUUUUAGCUGCCAUGUAUACUGAACUGAAACUAAACCAUCCUGUGAUCUUAUGGUAUCUUAUGUGUCAGAACACAGACCCUCCAGACCUGAAACAUAGCCUAUAUUCAAGAUCCUCCAAACCUGAAACAUAGCCUAUAUUCAAGAUCCUCCAAACCUGAAACAUAGCCUAUAUUCAAGACUCUCCAGACCUGAAACAUAGCCUAUAUUCAAGACUCUCUCAACUUGAAACGUAGCCUAUAUUCAAGACUCUCCAGACCUGAAACAUAGCCUAUAUUCAAGACUCUCCAGACCUGAAACAUAGCCUAUAUUCAAGACUCUCCAGACCUGAAACAUAGCCUAUAUUCAAGACUCUCCAGACCUGAAACAUAGCCUAUAUUCAAGACUCUCCAGACCUGAAACAUAGCCUAUAUUCAAGACCCCCCAGACCUGAAACAUAGCCUAUAUUCAAGACUCUCCAGACCUGAAACAUAGCCUAUAUUCAAGACUCUCCAGACCUGAAACAUAGCCUAUAUUCAAGACUCUCCAGACCUGAAACAUAGCCUAUAUUCAAGACUCUCCAGACCUGAAACAUAGCCUAUAUUCAAGACUCUCCAGACCUGAAACAUAGCCUAUAUUCAAGACUCUCCAGACCUGAAACAUAGCCUAUAUUCAAGACUCUCCAGACCUGAAACAUAGCCUAUAUUCAAGACUCUCCAGACCCGAAACAUAGCCUAUAUUCAAGACUCUCCAGACCUGAAACAUAGCCUAUAUUCAAGACUCUCCAGACCUGAAACAUAGCCUUUAUUCAAGACCCCCCAGACCUGAGAGCUAGUGUGAAUAUAUUAAAGUGAAGGACCAGUUUCUCCAUGAUUCUACUUCCUCUAGUUUUGUCUGUGUGGUGAUAGAUGUUACCACUGAGGGACACUUUACAGAAACAGUUUCAGGAUGAAAAAGUGAUAAUGACAACAAGGUGAUAAUGCGUAUUGGUCUGUCUGGAUUAGGUUAAGGUGAUAAUGCUUAUUGGUCUGUCUGGAUUAGGUUAAGGUGAUAAUGCGUAUUGGUCUGUCUGGGUUAGGUUAAGGUGAUAAUGCUUAUUGGUCUGUCUGGGUUAGGUUAAGGUGAUAAUGCGUAUUGGUCUGUCUGGAUUAGGUUAAGGUGAUAAUGCUUAUUGGUCUGUCUGGGUUAGGUUAAGGGGAUAAUGCAUAUUGGUCUGUCUGGAUUAGGUUAAGGUGAUAAUGCUUAUUGGUCUGUCUGGAUUAGGUUAAGGUGAUAAUGCGUAUUGGUCUGUCUGGGUUAGGUUAAGGUGAUAAUGCUUAUUGGUCUGUCUGGGUUAGGUUAAGGGGAUAAUGCUUAUUGGUCUGGGUUAGGUUAAGGUGAUAAUGCUUAUUGGUCUGUCUGGGUUAGGUUAAGGUGAUAAUGCUUAUUGGUCUGUCUGGGUUAGGUUAAGGUGAUAAUGCGUAUUGGUCUGGGUUUUGUUUCAGCCUCCAACCAACAAUGCCUCCAUCCCUGAAGCCGGCCAGAUCAGAGUCCAGCCCAACGUAAUCCCCAUCCACUGUCAGAACAAGGUACGCCUCACAUGGCACUGGGAAGCAUAUCGCCAACAUAUAGACUGCAUCCAAAAAUUGCACCCUAUUCCCUAUAUAGUGCACUACUUUUGACCAGGGUCAAUAGGGUUCUGGUCUAAAGUAGUGCACUAUGUAGGGAAUAGGGUGCCAUUUCUGAUGCAACCAUAACAUGAACCUGUAGUUACAGUGAGGGAAAAAAGUAUUUGGUCCCCUGCUGAUUUUGUACGUUUGCCCACUGACAAAGAAAUGAUCAGUCUAUAAUUUUUAUGGUAAGUUUAUUUGAACAGUGAGAGACAGAAUAACAACAAAAAAAUCCAGAAAAACACAUGCCAAAAUGUUAUAAAUUGAUUUGCAUUUUUAUGAGGGAAAUAAGUAUUUGACCCCCUCUCAAUCAGAAUGAGUUCUGGCUCCCAGGUGUCUUUUAUACAGGUAACGAGCUGAGAUUAGGAGCACACUCUUAAAGGGAGUGCUCCUAAUCUCAGUUUGUUACCUGUAUAAAAGACACCUGUCCACAGAAGCAAUCAAUCAAUCAGAUUCCAAACUCUCCACCAUGGCCAAGACCAAAGAGCUCUCCAGGGAUGUCAGGGACAAGAUUGUAGACCUACACAAGGCUGGAAUGGGCUACAAGACCAUCGCCAAGCAGCUUGGUGAGAAGGUGACAACAGUUGGUGCGAUUAUUCGCAAAUGGAAGAAACACAAAAGAACUGUCAAUCUCCCUCGGUCUGGGGCUCCAUGCAAGAUCUCACCUCGUGGAGUUGCAAUGAUCAUGAGAACGGUGAGGAAUCAGCCCAGAACUACACGGGAGGAUCUUGUCAAUGAUCUCAAGGCAGCUGGGACCAUAGUCACCAAGAAAACAAUUGGUAACACACUACGCCGUGAAGAACUGAAAUCCUGCAGCGCCCGCAAGGUCCCCCUGCUCAAGAAAGCACAUAUACAUGCCCAUCUGAAGUUUGCCAAUGAACAUCUGAAUGAUUCAGAGGAGAACUGGGUGAAAGUGUUGUGGUCAGAUGAGACCAAAAUUGAGCUCUUUGGCAUCAACUCAACUCGCCGUGUUUGGAGGAGGAGGAAUGCUGCCUAUGACCACAAGAACACCAUCCCCUCCGUCAAACAUGGAGGUGGAAACAUUAUGCUUUGGGGGUGUUUUCUGCUAAGGGGACAGGACAACUUCACUGCAUCAAAGGGACGAUGGACGGGGCCAUGUACCGUCAAAUCUUGGGUGAGAACCUCCUUCCCUCAGCCAGGGCAUUGAAAAUGGGUCGUGGAUGGGUAUUCCAGCAUGACAAUGACCCAAAACACACGGCCAAGGCAACAAAGGAGUGGCUCAAGAAGAAGCACAUUAAGGUCCUGGAGUGGCCUAGCCAGUCUCCAGAAAGUCUGUGCAGGGAGCUGAAGGUUUGAGUUGCCAAACGUCAGCCUCAAAACCUUAAUGACUUGGAGAAGAUCUGCAAAGAGGAGUGGAACAAAAUCCCUCCUGAGAUGUGUGCAAACCUGGUGGCCAACUACAAGAAACGUCUGACCUCUGUGAUUGCCAACAAGGGUUUUGCCACCAAGUACUAAGUCAUGUUUUGCAGAGGGGUCAAAUACUUAUUUCCCUCAUUAAAAUGCAAAUCAAUUUAUAACAUUUUUGACAUGCGUUUUUCUGGAUUCUUUUGUUGUUAUUCUGUCUCUCACUGUUCAAAAUAAACCUACCAUUAAAAUUAUAGACUGAUCAUGUCUUUGUCAGUGGGAAAACGUACAAAAUCAGCAGGGGAUCAAAUACUUUUUUCCCCUCACUGUAUCUCACAAGCAAGCUGUCAGGGGAUAAAUGCUGUACUUGGUCUCUGUGUGUGCUUUUUAGAUGGACAUUUUGACCUUAGGAAAAAGAUCCAACACUGUUCUGUUAUGGCAGCCUACUAACUGUGAUGUCAUCCUGUCAUUCUCUCUACAGAGGGAGGAGGACGCUAGCAUGAUUGGUGAGAUCAAGUACUAUGGCAUGGGCAUGGGGUUCCCCCUCCAGUACUACCCCUACUACGGCAAGCUGCUGCACCCCCAGUACCUGCAGCCCCUGGUGGCCAUCCAGUUCACCAACCUCACCUUCAACCAGGAGCUGCGUCUCGAGUGCAAAGUAUACGGAGCCAACAUCGACUACAGCGAGAAAGAUCGCUACCAAGGACGCUUUGACGUUAAGUUCACUAUCACCAAUUUAUGA